GUCGUCGUCGUCGUCGUCGUCAUCGUCGUCGUGGCCAGGCUACGUGGUGGUGGACCUACAGCAAGUGGGAAAAUGGCGACCGUGAUGCGAUAUAAAUGACUUUGGACGAAAACUCGCUUACUCGUGUAAGCCUGGCGUGAUUCAUUUGAAACAUGGGGACCACGGAGUUCUCGGAAGACUAAAUGGUUAUCGAAUAAAAUGAUUUCGGACGAAAAUAUUGCCCGUGUCUAGGACACUUGUUUGAUUUUUCAUGAAAACUCGUCCUUCCCUUAUAGAGAUUUUUCAAGAGAGUUGGAAGGAAAGAAGCCGAUAGACAUGACUGGUAUAAUCUGAUCAAUAUGGGAAAACUUGACAGUUUGGUCGCGUACUUGCUGGAGAACGAGUGACGGAUUUAGACUGGAAUUCGAUUGUCGACCAACAAUCGACUCGAGCUUGAGAAUGGAUAUCUGUAGAUUGGACUAAUGGUAUUAAAAGCUCGCAUGAGGUGUUCUUCAUUUCUUAGCUGAGUGACGAUUGCAUUGAUCGAUGCCUGCUUCGAUGGCUUGAUAAACUUUCGCAACUGUUAACGCGAUAAUGCAUUUGUACUUUGAAAAGAAUAACAAUGCCAAGUGCGAUUGUAACAUCUUGUCGCUCAGCUGGAUGGGCAAGGUGCCGGACGAGUCACCGGAGGACGACGGAUGGAAACUGGACCGUACAAAUUACUACCAGGAAGGAUGGCUGGCCACUGGUAAUGCUCGUGGUCUGGUGGGAGUGACUUUUACUACAUCCCAUUGUCGAACGAGAGCCACAGAACUUCCGCUAAGGGCAAAUUACAAUCUUCGAGGCCAUCGUAGCGAGGUAAUACUAGUGAAAUGGAACGAGCCAUAUCAAAAGUUAGCCUCGUGUGAUAGUUCCGGCGUGAUCUUCGUGUGGAUCAAGUACGAGGGAAGAUGGAGCAUAGAACUGAUCAACGAUAGAAGCACCCCAGUUACUCAUUUCUCAUGGUCUCACGACGGACGAAUGGCUCUUAUAUGCUACAGGGAUGGUUUCGUGUUGGUUGGCAGCGUUGCUGGUCAAAGGUAUUGGUCAUCAAUGUUGAACGACAAAGCUACCAUCACCUGUGGUAUUUGGACGCCUGACGAUCAACAGGUAUAUUUCGGGACAACGGCUGGACAAUUAAUAGUAAUGGACGUGCACGGAGCAAUGGUGUCCGAAGUACAAUUGGCAGCGGGUGUCACCUCGAUGGCUUGGAGUGCCGAGAAGUUUACGAUGGAAGAAGGAGAUGACGAUUUAACGAAUGAUAGACCUCAUAAAGACGAUCGAAAUUACGUUCUGGCGGUUUGCCUGGCUGACGGGAGCAUCGUUAUGCUGCGUUCAUUCGACGACGUCUCGCCUAUCACGAUACGUACAAAGCUGAAAGCUCCCUUGCACGCGGAAUGGAGCAAUUCUAGAAAAUUGUUGGCAAUCGCGGGAACGAAGGAUACGGAUAACGGUCAGAAUAGCCCGCACGAAUACACGAAUCUCUUAAAGUUUUAUUCAGUGGCCGGUACCCUUGUGUACACCGCUGCGAUACCAUACACGCAGUGUGCAGUAUCGGCGCUCACAUGGGGUCAUAACGAUAGAAGACUUUUCGUUGCGACCGGGGCACGCGUUCACGCAGCAUGGGUGUCAAGACGAGUAGGUUCUCUGCAAUUGCUGUCUCGUUUAGCUGUAAGAGCGUCUUUGACAAGGGAAUCGAAUGUUCAGCAACUUCCAUUGCCACCGAGAUUAAGAGCAUCAGUGGCUGCUCUCUUCGCCAGUACAAUAAGAUGUUCCGUGCCAGAACCAAAGGAAUUAAGACGUUUCGUGUCACGUCCACCUCCAGGGGGUGGAAGAUUACAUUGCACCAUGCUCAGACACGCCGUGGAACCGGUACCAUGUUAUACGCUAUAUUUGGAGUAUCUAGGUGGUCUAGUGCCUCUUCUAAAGGGCAGAAGGACAAGCAAAAUCAGGCCAGAAUUCGUGAUAUUCGAUCCACAAAACCAAGAUACUCUUCAAGUCGUGGAAGACACGUCACAGUGUCCAUCGUUUAGCGAUGGUUCCGAUACAGAGAAAGACACGGCCGACCUGUGUGGAUCACCCAGGAACAAAAGGAAAAGCAGGAGAAAAAAAGAAGAAAAAUCGAACGAAGAAACCGACGAUCUUACCUACGUGGAUACCUUACCCGAGCACGCGAGGUUGGUCGAAGUAACGUCCAAUAUUUGGGGCACGAAAUUCAAGUUUCACGGUCUGGCGGAUUCGGUGCCCGCCAACUUGGGUCAGGUUACUUAUCGAACGUCGUUGCUCCAUCUACAACCACGACAAAUGACUUUGGUGAUGACGGAGCUACGAGAUGAUGUGCCUGCAGGCCCAGAUCCAACUUUCAACCCGAAUUUGUUCUCCGAAGACGAAGAAGAAUCGUUUCAGGAAUUUCAAGCUGCCUCGAGAAACACGUCCGAAGCGCAGCCUCCUCCGAUCGCACCAAUGACGCCCCGAAACACGCGACUUAAUUCCAAUCGCCCGAAAUCACAAAUUUCCAAUCAAUUUAUGACCAACGAGUCUUUACCAACCGCUUUGUCCAGGGUUGACAAUUUCGAAAACGAGUUACCUUACGUGGACUUGCAAGAAAUGGGCAAUCUGUACGAGAACUUGAGAACUGCGUCCACAAACACUUACCGAACUCCACCCAGGCACAAUCCACCGAGAUGUUGCGACGUACCGGCUCUUCAAUCUCCGAAAAAUGCGGUCGCGCCCACGCAGACUAUAAUCGCAACGUCGAACCCGGGUACCGAUUACUCGAAUAACAUUCAGAGGAUGAAAACCGCCCUUGCCGAUCAGCCAGGACUCGUCUCGAAGAAGGAGCUCGAGAAUAACAAAUUUAAUCAGAUUUCUCAGGACGAUAAAACUGUUUUAACGUCUAACUGUCCAUCGACUAUCAUUCCCAUGCCAAUGCACAAUGGACAGGCCUCGAAUACAGAAGCAUCGAGUAGUCAUUCUCAGGGAGGUGUCAUCGUAAAUGGUCUGAGCACAAACAACAGCUGUCCUCCUCAGUCGCAAACAAUAUUUCUUAAUGGACUGCACAAUAUCGCAUGUUCGAGCAACGUGAACGAAACUCAGGGUAAAAAUAACCAUAACGUCAGCAGUUCGACAAACAUUAGUCAAACACCGUAUCAGGCGAACUCGAGCAAUCAACACGGAACGAAUAAUGGUCCUUUGGGCAAGAAUGGUAUACACUUGUCGAGCAAUUAUUCGCCGGCCUGUUCUUAUCAAUUCCCAGAAAACAUCGAUCAGUGUAUCGGACAGUCUUGUUCAUACUGCAUUACGAGAUUAAAAGAUCCCACAAAGUUUCACUCAGAAUCGUGCGGUAAAACAAACGCAAGUCAAUCGAAUACUUGUAAUUCUACGACCGACCGGGUCGAUGAAAUGCGCUUCAUCGACGAAGAGUGUCGCGGCGAAGCAGAAGCGUUCGAUCAGUCGCGAGGAGUUCACAGAACUCAGACGGUUGUCAGUAUCGGUCCACUCUGCGUCAACGACUCUAUAGUCAGAAGUUGCAGUGUCGGUUAUUUGGACAUGGUGGACGCGCAACUGGUCCCUUGCGAUAUCGCCUUAAAAAUGCUUAGAAAAGAGGCACCUAAUAAGAGGUUGGUUUUGGUAUCGAGAAAAACCAAGAGGAGGAAAAAGAAUAAAACUCAACAAGAGAUUGGACAGCAAUCUUCAAAAUCGCCGAGACUUCGUAACUGUGGCAAAUCAAAAAGUUUAGACUCUAGUGACAUAUUUCCGCCUAACGAACAAAUAUCAUUGCCACCAAAAUUGCCUGAACACGCUGAAGAGAUUGUAGGAGCUACGAAUAUCGAGACUGUCGAAGACAAAAGUGACAAACCUUUGGAGAAAUUACCAGACGCGACAGAGAUGCCUAGGGAGUGUACAGAAUACGUUACAGCCGCCAGUAUAGUUAAUUCUGCUCAAGUUAAAUCUACACGGUUGAAGAGCUGUAAUUCUCCUGCCAGAGUAUCCAGUCCAAGUGGUUCAUUGGCAUCAUCCUUAGACGGUCUUGCAGCUCGACUUCGAGAUUUCGAUGAAAGUCAUUCUUUGCCACCACCGUCACCUCGUCCAUCCACCAGAUUACCCAGAAGUUCGCCCAGUAGUCCAGCGCCUUCGAAGAAAGGUAAAAGACCAGCAUCUGCUUCGCCAAUUAGAAGAAGACUUUUAUCGAGUCCUUUGUUAAGUAGAAAAGCACGAAAAAGUCGAGGCGAGAGUUCAGACGAGGAAGGACUUUUACAAGACGAUUCGUCAACGAAUUACAGAGAUCUCGAAACGUUUCAAAAAGCACAGUUACGACAAAAGUUAAAGCAGAAAGGAGCAGGGAUAUCUGGUAACAAAUCAGAAGCAGUGCGGCGGGAGCUUGUGAUGCACAAUAAAGCACCUAUGUGGAAUGAAUCCAGUCAAGUAUAUCAGCUUGACUUUGGUGGCAGAGUAACUCAGGAAAGCGCUAAAAACUUUCAAAUAGAAUUCAAAGGGCGACAGGUCAUGCAAUUUGGAAGGAUAGAUGGAAACGCCUAUACAUUGGAUUUUCAAUAUCCUUUCAGCGCGUUACAAGCAUUUGCCGUUGCCUUGGCUAAUGUUACACAACGACUCAAGUAAUCGUUAGUCACCGGUAAUUCAUUUGGUAAUUCAAGUUCGCGUGUGACAUUGUAAAAGCGAAUUCUAAGAAUAUCGCUUGGAACGUAUGCUGUAAUUGCAUAAAUUAUUCGUCCAAAUAAAACCAAAAGAAGAAAGAGAAGAAAAAUGGCGCGAGUGUUAGAAAGGCUAAAAAAAACUGUAACAAUAUGCUACACGUAGUAAAGAAGAGAAUACAAAAGACACUUUUAAAUAUAGCUUUUGAACACGUUAUAGAGCCACAUGUCUUUCUAUUAUUAAGACUACUAGUGACGAACUGGAAUAAAUCAUUAAGUAAACGAACAAGCGUUCAAUCGCGAUACAGAGAUCUUUUUAUGGAAAUCUCAAAGUUGAGGGAAGCUCAUAGCCUUGCAGCGCCUUGUAACGCGACAGAAAAGAUAUAAAGAGAAACUUGAGAAAAAGGAAAAGGAUGAAGGAGAAGGAGAAAUAAAGGGGGAAGUAGAAGAAGAAGAAGAAGAAGAAGAAGAAGAAGAAGAAGAAGAAGAGGAAGAAGAAGAAGAAGAAAAAGGGAAAGGAGAAGCAGAAGAAGAAGGAGAAGGAGAGAAAGAUAGAAACGUAAAACCUGCCGAAGGCCUUACGCGAAAGUCUCUCGAAUCAACACCUUCAAAUUAAAAUAACACGAUACGUCAGUUCGCAGAAUCUCUUUUUAGCAAAUGUACAAUUGAGAGUGAUUUGAAUUUGAGCGGAACACAAAGAUUUUGUGACAAGGAACCGUGGUAAAAAGGAUAAGAUUUUGUUGAAAUGCUUCUUCGUCGUACCGUCCAAAAUAUUUCGUUUCUCCCAACUUCGAGCGCUGAUUUUUGUAUAGUUUAUGCGACACGUUGGAGUCUAGUGAUGCUGUUGAAAGUUCGUCUCGUUCAUUUUUGCGGUCCGCCGAGUAUAUUCGAAUUUUAUAUACAUAUAUAUAGACGGGCUCGCAUAACCAUGCGAGUGUUUCAUGUUGUUCGAUUAAAUGUUUCUUAAGGCGUAUUGUAAAAUGAAAAAAGAAAAAAAAAAUAAAUAAAUAACGCUAAAUGAUAUAACGUCCGACCUGUGCUCGUUCUCGCCGAAGCACGGAAGACGAAAAGGGCAAAUUGAAGAAGAAAGAAAAGACCAAUUAAAAGAAUGUAACUAGACAGUGCAAGAGGGAGAGUAUUCCGCCAGUAUGCCAGUGUGUAUACGCAACAAACUAACUGUCGUCUGUACUUAAUCCAUUAUCGUUGUAUUUCAUUCGCCUAAUUAUAAGUAAUGUGAACAAGACAGAAGGAUGAAAUGAAGAAGGAAAGAAAAAGAGAAAUAUCGAUUUCAGGCCUACACGAAAAACGCUUAAGGGAUAGUUAUUUUUUCGUCGAAUCGAAAUUUCGAGAGUGGGGCGCCUGAAACGAUAGCAAACGAGAAUGCGAGCUGUGCAAUAACAUAAUUGUAAUUUUUGUUGCCAUAUUCUUAUAUGUGAUUCAUGCGCGCGUCUAAAACGGCGUUUGCUGACGUAAAUAUACGUAAGACAAAUGAAGGUGUAGAACAACUUGGUUUCUUACAAAACGGUGUGUGUUAUACUGGUUGUAACCCUAUUUUUUGCAGACAUGUAUGUACAUACAAGCAAUUUUAAUAAGGCAGGUUUUUUUUCGACGAUGUUUACAAUUAAUUAUAGUCAGGCCGCCCCGUAUUGACGAGUUAGCGAUAAAUAUACAAAUAUUUAUGCCACGUAUUGACAGUAAUCGUCGGUAUACAUAUAGAACCGCUAAAUCGUACGGUUGAUUUGAUUUCUAGACAACGCUGUAUGUUGAAUUAUAUUGUCGUCACCAGUAGUAGAUAGCACCUUAUAAAGUACGUGAUGUAUCAUCAACAACAAGUUGGUUUUUCGUUGAUACACUGUUGCAUUUGCACCGUGAAAUACAAGACGCUAAUCCAUGGAAUAAACAACGGCAUGCGUUAGGCUACGUACAUACAGAGAGCGGUAAGCGGUAAGUGUCAACAUUUGUAUCGGCUUUGCCUUUAUCGUCACAUGUCACUAGUUUUAUCGCUGUAUCGCCUACCGCUUAUUUCUCUCUGUACGUCCACGAGCUUAGCGCGUGUGAAAAAUUUUUUUAUUUCGAGUUUAUAGAGGAGUAAUGAACAUCUGAAAACGAGAAAAAUGCAGAACACGCACGUUCAAAACAAUAGUAUCGAUCGAUUGAAUUAUACAAUCGUUUCUUGAUGUUCUUUCGAGUGUUACCUUAAAAUUCUUCAUGAGUUCGUUUUUGUAUGUUUAAAAAUAUUAUUUCCUAGGUAUACGGUUACGUACUUAUUGGUUAAUAUGUACUCCCCAUAUGAUAGAUUUUACUAUAGCUGUCGACCAUGCGUCAUCGCAACAAUUAUAAGUCAGUUUGUACUUUUCGAUAUGGUCGCACGAUGUACGAGUUUUCAUCAGUGAAGGGAUUAGAAAGAAAACACGAAACCGUACAGAGGAAAGAGAAAAAGAAUAUUGCGUCACGUUACGGUGAAAGCUUCGCGAUAAUUAACUUUUCAUACCUGCACGAACUUUUGAUAUCAAGGAAAGAAUCGCAUCAAUGUGACCUAUUUACCUUUCACAUACGUUACACUUUUAUUACACCCGCCGAGCAAGACGGACUUGAGUCACGCUACAUACAAACAACAUCUAUAUCAAUGACUAGUCAUUUCCGCCACGCACUAGUUUCUCCUUGAAGAUCUAUUAACGUUUAACACCUGUGUCAUCAUUGAUGAGACAAUAUUCACGCAUAAAUGAAAAUCCAUGCGUUCAACAAAAAAGAAUAACAAAUUGUCGUAUAAUAUUUUUUUCGAUUAUCACUGAAUCUUCAUCGACAUACCUUUCUGGCGAUGAAUAGUGCCUACGUAUACAUUAAUCAAACGGAACGACCUACGAAAUACGAAAGUUGAGUACCGAACUAAAACAGAAACAUCACACAGCGGAUCGUUCUUGAUAUUCUAUCGUUGUACAGCAAUUGUGUAUUUUAACGUACUAUAGAUUCACAUAAUCUGUCUAAGGCGUUUGUAUCUAUAGGUAAUAUAUGUAGUUACACGCGCCACAAUCGUGACUGAGUUCGAAAAUGUUCGGCCUAGCUCAACAAAUCAUAUUUGCUAUAUGUUACAUGUUCGUUAACUGAUGGUGAUAUCUCCUCUGUCUUUUGUUGAUAUAUUCCGGUUUCUCUAUGAGCAUAACGUUGAGAUUAUGCCUGAAAUUAUGCGCAUACAAAUAGAGAUAAAAAUGCUGUGCUACGUGUAAAACUUUGCAAUUGAAUAAUUAUUAUAUUGCACUGAUUAACAACACGUCAUAGUGAAAAUCGUAUCAAUAUUAGUUCUUUUGUCCCUUCUAUAAUAAUAUUGUUAAUUUGUGCUCUUAUUGUUAGCGCUGAACGAUCAUUUUGCAUCUGUGCAAUGCAAUUUUGUUACCGAAUUCAUUGAUUAUCAAAUAUUUGUAAAUAAAGAAUGAAAUUCUACAC